AUGUCCAUCAUUGGAGCCCGCCACCUCGUCACUCUCUACUUGCCUGACAGGCAGUCUGCUCCGACCACAGUGCCAAAGACAACACAGCAAGUUGCAUCAGCCGGUAUUCUUGUAGCCAGGACAAAUUGCAAACGCGCUGUACCAGAUGGAGCAGAGCAACCAAGUAGGAAGAGGGUAAGACAUCCCUCAGCCAAGGCUGCUGCUAACCUGGCGGGGACGACACCAAAUACGAAAAAAGGGAAAGGGAGUCGAAAGACGAAGCUUGCGAACUACAAAAGUGCAGAACAUAUUCAGUCGGACGUUGAGAAUGAGGAUGUGAAUGUGGGAGGUUUUGCCUAA